AUGGAGAAACAGGACGUCGAUCAUGUUGAAGAAGUGCAUAACGCCCUCAUCGAAGCUGCAAAGGCGGCAGACAUCUAUGACGCGCGUGUGCAACAGGCAGCUCUGGAAGGAUCGGCCGAUGAACAUGAUCUUACCGUGUGGAAUGCUAUCAAGACGUAUCGUACAGCGCUCAUGUGGGCACUUGUAUCUUCGACAUGUGUCAUUAUGGAAGGCUAUGACACUAACCUUCUUCAGAAUUUCUUUGCGUAUCCUUCAUUUGUCACCAAAUACGGCGAAUAUGUCGGAGUUUCGUCUUCGGUUCCUACUGGCUAUCAACUUACCGCAGCUUGGCAAACUGGACUUUCUCAAGGCUCCAGCUGUGGCUCAGUUAUAGGCUGCCUCAUCAGCGGCUAUCUGGUCGGCAGAUGGGGAUCAAGAAGAGCGCAACUAGGAGCUCUUGUUGCUCUCGCAUGCUUCAUCUUUAUUGUCUUCUUUGCGCCAAGUUUGAAAGCUCUUGUUGCCGGCGAAGUCCUUUGUGGCAUUCCCUGGGGUAUUCUUGCUACGACGGCUCCUGCUUAUGCUUCUGAGGUCCUUCCGUUGGCACUUCGAGUGUAUAUGACAUCCUAUACAAACAUGUGCUUUAUCAUUGGUCAGCUGAUAUCAGCCGGCGUUCUGAAGGGUCUCUCUACGCGAACAGACCAGUGGGGUUACAGAAUUCCGUUUGUACUGCAGUGGUUCUGGCCUUUGUUUUUGAUUCCGCUCAUUUAUCUCUCGCCGGAGUCACCGUGGUAUCUUGUUAGAGUUGGCAAGAUAGAAGAAGCAGAAAAGUCUCUUCUUCGUUUGCAAACUUCCAAAUCAGGCGGUGAAGAUGUUCGCAAGACCCUUGCCUCUAUUAUCUAUACAAACAAUCUUGAGCAACGACUGCAGGUUGGAACCAGCUACCGCGAUUGCUUCAAAGGCGACGAGCUUCGCCGUACUGAAAUUGCAUGCGCCGUCUUUGCUGGCCAGACAUUGUGUGGACUCCCCUUUGCCUACAAUAACUCCUAUUUUUUCUCUCAAAUUGGCUUGGGCACGAGUACGACUUAUUCCCUUACGCUCGGCGGUACUGGUCUCGCCUUACUGUCGUGUAUAGUGAAUUGGUUCGUUAUCAUGCCUAAUUUUGGCAGGCGCACUGUAUACGUUGCUGGUAUGGGUGCGAUGUUUGUCAUAUUGAUGUUGAUCGGUAUUUUGAACGUUUGGACGGAGAGAUACUCCGUUGGCAUGACCCAAGCCUGUCUAUCAUUAGUCUGGACCGUCAUAUUCCAGCUUUCCGCAGGUCAGCUAGGUUGGGCUCUUCCUGCAGAGGUCGGCUCCACUCGACUACGCCAAAAGACGAUAUGCCUUGCCCGCGACUCCACCAAUAUUGCCGGCAUUGUUGGCGGUACACUUGAGCAGUACUUUAUGAAUCCGCAAGCCUGGAAUCUCAAAGGCUAUACAGGAUUUGUUUGGGGCGGCACUUGCUUCCUUGUGUUUGUAUGGAGCUACUACCGUUUGCCUGAGACUCGAAACCGCACCUUUCAUGAGCUUGACAUCCUUUUUGCAGAAAAAGUGCCGGCACGAAAGUUUGCUACAACUGAGGUUGAUGCGUUCGACACCAACGUGAUUGAUGAUCUCACUCGGAAAGAGAAUCACGGACCUUAG